UACACUGUACGUGUUGCGACUGUCAAUUGCAACAGUGUCACGUCACGAUCCAUAGUCAGCAGUUUUUCUGUCAUUUUGUUCGCUUUGUGGAUUGUUCAACUUGUAUCCAUUGUUGCAUGGUUCCAUUUGUUGCUUUGUUAGCCUAUCUGUCAUUUUUAUCUCGGGCCCUGGAUUUUGGAGGAUUGAAAACUGGGAUGAGAAUGCCUGCAUUGUCUGUUUUUAUACAUGAGUGACCGUGGAUAGGUGUCGACUUUAACAGAGAUCAUCUGUGAAACUCGGAUCCUUGAGAACGAGACCAACUCUCAAUCAGCUGGUAAGGGGGUGUCGGUACUUGCUCCUUGCUCUUUCAGACCAUGGAGGCCUACCGUCAUGUUUAGACAAGCAUCAGACCCAGUCUGUACUGUUAUUGAGGUUUUUCAACUUGGUCCUCAGUUAUUUCAGAGAGGCAGCUGGUCCCUUGCCGUCGACUGAGCUAGCAGGGCCCAGACGCAUUACAACUCGUACACCAUGCACUCUUCCAAGACUAGUGUGUAAGGCUCGUGCAUCCUCUGUCAAACAAACACCUGCUACGCACCUGCAGGAUUCGGAGGACGGACUAAGUGCAAGCUAGUUUCAUCAUGUCUUGGAGUCAACUAGAGGAGGAGUUUCAUUCUCAAGAGGGGUUGGAGGCGUGGUCAGCGGCCAUGGAACAGCAGGCAGCUGCCAAUGAACGACACCGUGUGCAGAAGCGGCAACUGCACCGUACCAACUCGGUAGAAGAAGGAUCUAACGAUGGUUCAGCGGAGGGAGAGUCCUCUACAGGGUCAAUUGCUGAGGAGCCCGAGAGUAUCAACAAGCGCGCCAAAACAACCCGCAAGAGCGGUGGUUCCCGACGCAGAAAAAGCGCCAAUGCGAGGGAACGAAACAUUCGACGACUAGAGAGCAACGAGCGAGAGCGCAUGCGCAUGCAUUCCCUGAACGACGCCUUCCAAGCUUUGAGGAACACCAUACCCCACGUGACCUGUCAGAGAAAACUCUCCAAGAUUGAGACAUUGACCUUAGCUAAAAAUUACAUCGAGGCCCUAUCGGACACAGUGGUCAAACUCAAGUCUGAUCUGGAUGACAUACAGUCCCUGUACGGCCUCAGCGGUAGUAAGGAAAUGGAUUCCAACAUGAACCUCGUAGGUACAAAGAAAGACUUAUUGGAUGAUGCAACAGACAUAGAGGACUUGCAGCUGAAAUUCUAACAAGAGUCUUGUUAACUGUGGAUUGGAACAUCGCAAGUCCAUCUUCAAUCGGAACUUUAAACGUCCAGUCUGCGUUAAUUGGAUCUAUAUUAUUGACCGAGCGCCUGACGGGAGAAAUUCUCCGUGCAUCGGACAAGUCGCUCCCGGCCCUAGCCUUAAGUCGUGUCAGGUCACGCGUUGGCUCGUCUUGCCAUGUAAAGUCAAUGUUCAGAGCGGUUUUGCAGAAAAGUCCCGCCUGUCAAACAAGUGACACUUACUCGCUGUCAGACCUUUCGGGGGGGAAACAGGACAGGUACCCGAGGUGAUGGCGAUCUCAGGUGCCGGCCUGUCUUCUAGAAAAAUGCAACCUGAGUGAUUGGGUGAGGAGAAAAUAGUGGCUCAGACCUUGGCAAUGUGGAAGUAUGUUGCUGGAAUGUGUGAUGGCUUCACGUCUCCUCAACGCGUCUUUUUGUGUAUGAGGGCGUGAUAAAAUUAGACUUAUAUUUUUGCAAUGAAACCGAAUUCAAAUGUACGACAAAGGUUGAUGCUGAUGACAGGACAAUGCUGAACUAUUUUGAGAAUAUUUUGAGUCAGUGAUUUAUGAACAAUACCACCUCUUGCAUUGUCCCACCUGCCACCACGGAUUUCUUCUUUAGGAUUCUGUUCUUCAGCCUCACCACUGCAUAAGAUUAAAGCUACCCGUUCUGUGUGAAGAGUGCAUGCCAUGGAUUGUGCUCCUAAAACAGUAAACCUACUACCAUUUCGUGUACCGCUGAAGGUGUGAAACCAAGUCCUGUGCGUUUCUGCUGUCGGUUGGCUUCAUCUUUGAGCGGACAAUUAUUUAUUCUGCUUCUUCUCGCUGUCUCGAGAUUGGCUGGGUGCAUCUUAUCGCCUUUUGUGAAUACGCCGAAGAUGUGAUCCUGUGAAAGGGGCUUUCUUAUGGGAACGUCUCACCUUACGCUGCCUAGAGGUAAACGGAGCCGGAACUACCUGUACAGGGAACAUGACGGCACCCGUCUCAUUCUCCCAGACAGGUUGAAGAGCUGAGACAAGAGGUUAAUGAUGUGUUCUUUCUUUGAGAUGAAUUAUCUCACCAUUUUGUUUACACUUUAAUUAGUGGACAUGUUUUAUUUUGAUUUUAUUUUCUACCUAUUUAUAAUGAAAAGGGGGACUGGAUUUCUUGUUAGAUUAAUUUUGAAUGCUUUAGGGAAGUCAGAUAUGCAACAAAAAUUCCGUCAAUGCGACGCUAUAAUGACAUAGAUCACACAAUAUGGGGGGGGGGAACUCAUGCAUUAUUCUGAGAAAAUAGGUUUUGUAGAUACGUGGCCCGGAAACGAGAUGGAAUCUGCAGAGAGUAGUCUGACUCUACACAUCCUUCAUUAAAUUACCAACUUGUAACAAACUAGUAUUUUCUAUUCCCUUUUUGCUGCGGUUGGGUUAUUCCACCGUACGGAUCAUACUAAUGCUGCUUUUUAAUGAGUUUGCCUUGUGCAGCAGAUACGUGUUUUUAUUGGCAAACGACGUAUACGGUAACAGUCUUGCUAUCUUGGCUGCAGUUGAGUUCGCAGAUAUUAUCUAUGAUAAUGAAUUGGUGAUGACUGUUUUUGUACACUGCAGCAUGAAAUCAUGUGUAAAUUCAAACUUUAUGAUUUAAAGCAUGUUGGGAAUUCCCGUUGUUAUUUUGUCCAGGAUUUGUUUUGAUUUUCUUGAACAAGCACACUCUAAUUCACGUGGUUGUGGCAGAUAACCCUAAUGAUUUUUUUUACAAAGGCUUCAAAAAUUGAAACAACUAUUGACAACACGUUGCAUUUAAGAAAGCCAAGUUACGUUGAUUUGGGCCUCGUUGCUUGUGUAGCUGAGCUACGAAAUACCAACACUCGGACAAAAAUUUGUCCUUUUAAAUAAAUUAUUGAAUAAAUGGGUAAUGAUGUCUUCCGUGUGAUUAAUGGUCAGCCCGGCCCCGCGCAUUUGCAUUAAAAAUGGCAAGCACUUUUAUUGACACGGACCAAACUAAAUAUUUGUCUCAAGAUAAAACAGAUCCAUUUUUUUUUUAAGUUUACAUUAUAGAUCGUGUAUAUUUGUUGUUUUGUUCUGUUACCUGUGAGUGAAUAU